GACAGAUAACUGCACUCAUGUACGCCUGAAUGCAUGUCGUCUAGCUCAGCUGCUGGCAUCCAGCAGAUCAUCCCAAUCAUCUCCUUCACGCAGUCCGUCCCCCUCAUCCAUGAGCCUCGCGUCAUCCCUCGGUCGCCCCGCAAUGGAUACAUCCUUUGACACACGCGGCGGUGGGGGCACCCACGCACGACGCUGGUGCUCAUAUCGACUGACAAGCGGCACACACACACACACACACAAAGAUGUCUCGCCGGCCGUGGUCGUGUCGAUUUGCUGGUAAGUCGUUCCUACCCGGUGUCGUCGAAGUUGGCGGGCCGUCUCCUCGAUCUGCCUGCACCACCGGCAGCUCCAACAGCACCUGUACCGCCGGGGCUCCAGCUGAUGGUGCUUCCCCCAACGCUCGUCAGCCCGCUGGACAGGAAGUCUCCUUCGGGGAUGCCCUGUGCCUGUGCCGGCCUUCCGGGUCCAAGGGUAGCCGCGUCUACGGUGUCUGCCUCUUCUUCUGGGGGCAUGCCCAGUGAGCCGACAAGGCUCGUCGGCACCACCUGGGCUGUCCGCCCCCGUGCCCUCCCUUGACGAUGAUACGGUUGCCGGCGGCCGCGACUGUGGGACAUGAGAUGUGUGUGACCUGGCAGGCCUACUGCUGAAUAAAUGGUAUUGUGGGUGUGUGCUUACGAGGGGUAGAUGGGCGGCAGGGCCUGGCUGUCCGAGACAAGGGCGUCCUUGACGUAUCGCCCAUAGUCUGACCUCUCUGUCAGACGGACAGACAGGAAGGUGACACAAUAAACAAACAACACAAGCACGAUUGCUCGCUCACCUUUCUUUUUCCGUUGGUAUGUCGCAGGUCCUCUCUUCCUCUGUGGUCUCUCCCCCGGCGGCCGCCAGAGAUCCCCAAAAGUCUCCGGAAUUGGCUCGAGGGCCGUGUCUUGCCAAGCCAACCCAUCCUGUUGGGCGGUCGGCUUGCGUGAGAUCUUGCCCGACUCUGGCACAUGUGAAUGCACGAUCGGAGGAAUUGCUGCCCUGCGACAGACGGAAGGUCUGGUCUGUUGGCUCACUUGCGCGUUGAAUAGUGUCUGUGAUGCCAAACAGUGAGGCUGAAAGAAAGAAGGAGACAUUCACAUGGACACCGACAGUUGAUGAGUGUGCAGGCCUGUCUGUUGGCAUGCUGACCGUCAGCGGCGAUAUCCUUGAAAUGCUGGGCCACCCGCGACGAUCAAUGCAGAGAAGAAGUGCAUGACGCAACCAACGCACACAGGGAGGAAAGGAAGAUAUGGAGCCGCAUGGCACCCAUGGCAUGGAACACACGCCCUUUACCUGUCCCAAAGCCUCAAUCGUCUCGUCAACCUCGUGAAUGCUACACACACACACAGAGAUGCGCACACAUACAAAGGGGGAGAUACGACUGCUUUCGAGGCACAGAUGAUCCAUUGUCUCGCGUACCGUUGUUCCUCGGUCUCCAGUCUGAAUGAGAGGAUCCUCUGGUGCAGCUUCCGACAAGCGCGCAUCACUAUCUUGAGCCUGUGCAUUGCAGGGAUGGGCAUAUAGAGGCGGUCGAUCGCAGUGCAUCAUCUCGGUCGCAUGAAGUCGUUCACCUGGCCACCCUGAGAUUCUGCCUACGGUAAUGCUUGAUGCCGUGAAGCAUCACAGAACUGCAGACGGACAGCCCACGCACUGAACCUCGCCAUGCCUCUCCCUGCUUGUUUUGUUUCCUUUCAGGUCGCUCACCCAGCGAUGAGAAUGGUGGCAGACCAGAGGUGGCGGCUGGAGCACAGAAAGUAGAAAAACAGCGACGGCACCACGUCACGAUUGGCCAAGAAAGCAACAGCCAGCAUGGUGAAACCCAAACCGCUGACUCGGCACAGGCAGCAAAGGGGUGCACUUCACGCGCAUCCCACUGCGCGAUGAUUCGUUCGUUCUUUGGUCAGUCACCUGAGGAUCGUUCGAAGCACGAUGAGAAACCGGACGGCCCAGUCGCGCUUCCGGGACCGGAUUUUCUCUCGCAAUAUCGCUGCUGACAUGCGAGUCUGGCAUUUGGAAACGUGACGCCUCACGUUUCUGCACGAUUCUUGUUUGUUGAUCGUCCCUAUGUACCUGCAGGUCUCUGAUUCUCGCCAGGAGGACGUUCUCCUUGGGGUCUUCCCGCUGCAGCUCGCCUGGAUCCACCAUCAUCAACUCAUUCAAACACCUACCACACACACCGCACAAAUGCACAAUGCACAAACUACCAUCCAUCGUCUCUCCCCGUCAUCGCUCCGUGUCCGACGCACCUCUGUAGGUCUUUCAUCUCGAAGUAUUCCUGUGGCUUCCUCUGGAGCACAUCAAAUUCCCACAGGGGCGUGUCUCCGACUUCGGUGCCAGCCUCACUCGCCAGCUCGGCGUCAGGGUGCACAUAAUGCAGCGACGUGUCAGGACCGUACCCAAAUGACGGGGGCGGCGUCACCUCGAUAACCUCUGGCUGCCCCUCUGCCUCAGAUAUCCCCGUCCGGAGCGUCUCGGCCGUCGGCCGCACUCGCACUGAGGGGAACCAAAGCGCGUCUGUCCGGUGUGCUGAGUGGUGUGCUCUUGGGUCUCCUCACCGCCUUUUGUGGUCAGUUGUGAGACAUCGGUCUUGAGUCGUUUAGCUUUGCUGCGCUCGAGCGGAACGAGGCCCUUCUUCUGCGGCACGGAGAUCUUGGGGAGCGUCUGGGGAUCCGUCCAGACGCGCUGGAACUCGGGAGCGGUGUACCACUGCUGACGCAAGGCCUUCACAGAGGGACGGAGGGAAAGAAGAGAAAGGACCGACGCAUCUAUCGAUCGAGCUCUGUUUUGUCUUACCUUCCAUAUUUUGCAUCGUUCGUCGGGUGUGAAUGUGACCCCCUUUGGCAUGCAGCUCCCCACCAGCUCCAGGAUGGUGUUGGCCUCCAGGUCGUCGAUGCGUUUGUACUUGGGAAUGGACUGCAGGCCGGCUUGAGCAAAGUGGCGGUAGAGGUGGGAGAGGCCGAGAUCGCUGAGGAUGACGCGCAUCGAGAUGGUGGGCACCUUCCUUUUGGGGCCCUCCCCCUCAGUCUGACUCAUCUCUGUAAGGAAGACACGCAGACAGACAAAUGAGUACGUGGACAGCUUCCGCUGGCACCAGCCAAACAUGUUUUCGCUCUACCUUUCUCCUCUUCUCCCAUUGGCCGAUAAACUCUCGUCGCAGCCUCCUGUCCCUGAUAAGCAAAGCCCCAUGUCGGCCACGCCGCAGGCUGAUCCUUUGGCAAUGCUGCUGCACCAGUGGGAAGUUGCCCCUUCUCCUCGUCUACAUCUGCAGGCCCUUGCUCCAGGCCCCUCCCAGACCGGCCGCUGAUGUUAAGCAGGGGAAGCCGGAAUGAUGUGCGUUUCCUUGACGAAGACUGAGACUGCCCUUGAGACGACGCCAUCGUGCUCCAGGCCCUGUCAGUGGCCUGGUCACGGAAGCUUUGCAAAUGGCGCUGUAGUAGCGAGAUGCUUUGUUCACCAAGUCCCCUUUCUCUUCGGGACUCGCGAAGCUUGCUGAGCGUGGCACGCUC